GUCAGUAUUUGAGAAAAGAGGAUGCAGCUGUGCAGAUGCAUGCGGUUUGGAUGGCUUUUCGCUGCGGUGCUCAGUGCAAUGGCCACUGAAAGGAACAGCAGUCAAUCAAACAAGGGAAGUCUGCACUGCCAGCCAGGUUUCUACUGUCCUCCAGCCAGCUUCAGUCCCCUCCCUUGUCCUAAGGGCACAUAUGGGCCAGCGGUGGGAGCUGUGUCCGAAGAAAGCUGUCUGAAGUGUCCUCCACACCACUACUGCCCUCGACCAGGCUUGCCUUCCCCCUCGGCCUGUGGUCCUGGUGCUCUGCAGCCUCUGCCUGGCCAGGAUGUCUGCAUUUGUCCAGGGAAGGGACAGCGUUUUCAGAGCACUGACGGCCGCUGCCUGUGCACAAUCGGAUAUCAACCCACCAGUGACGGGGAAAUGUGUGUGGAGCAUCUGUACAGCGUCUGCAGAGAUGGAAAAUCUCGCACACAAUAUGGGGACUGCUUGGACCAGCUCCAGUGGUCGCGACACUGCAAAGAUGAGGUGUGCCAAAAUGCAGAGGACUACCGUGGUUAUGACCGGGAGCUGGGUCUGUGUGUUUGCAGAGAGCCUCCUGGCAGGGCUGCGUGUGGAGGCCUCUGCAGGAGAAAACCGGCUACCCACCUGAAGCUCCAGUGCAGAUAUGAUCAGCAUUUAACUCUGACAUGGAGCUAUGGAAGUCAGGUGUCAAGCGUCUCAGGCAGAGUGCCGGAGACGAUUUUUGCGAGGUGGGAUUCCCAUGGGGCUUUGCAGUGCAACAACCAUCACAAAUCCUCACAUCCUGUCUACAUUGUUCAGACAACAGAAGCAGGAUUCUUCGGCCUGCUCAGCGGCCUCCCAGAGGAAAUUCAGAGACUGUUUUCAGACACCACACAGAGCUCAGCCGACGACGAUUAUGAGGUAUUGGACGAGGUCAGCGGUGUGGAAAAUAUCAGCGAUGGAAAAGGAGAAGUUCAUUUCAGACAAUGGAAGCAAGACUUGAUUGAUAUUGAAGGACAGAGUCUGUCGCGUAGAUCCGGCGUUCUCAACCCGACAACAUGUCUCCAUCUGGGGGAUAUUUUGCUGUUCACCAUCAACGCACGUCAUUACCCACUCUAUGAUGUAGAAAAUCUCUACAACACAAACAGUAAUUUUGACUGGGGCACAUUCAGGUUGCUGGAAGAACAGCUGACUCUGUCCUGGACUCCUCCCACCUUCUUCUCGGUGGUCUUCAGCCAUCCGGGAGUUUACGUCUUCACACUUAGCAGCAAUCAGCAUAAACACAUGUAUGUGCGAGUGAUGCCUGCAGGGGGCCAGUGUUAUGAAGCUGGGCCUUUCUUCCCAACCAUCCCACGACAUUUGACCCAGAUGGGUAUCAGCAGAAGACGUGAUCUUCUACUUCGACCGGACUGGCUGGUGACCGGCGGGCUGCUUUUUGGAGCUGUGGUCCUUCUCUGUUUGUGUGUCGCAGUGCUGAUUAUGUUCCAGGAGUAUGGGUGGCCGGAAAAGAAGCCUAUCAAAGCGAGGUAUCGGUCGAUGCAGCUGGCCUUCCAAAUGGAUGACUAUGCAUCAAAAGGCUCGAGGGUGUUCACGAUGAGGAAGACCCAUCGAAAUCAACAAGCUAGACUAAUGAAGGACUCCGUUCAGCCAGGCUGCCUGGAUGACUCAAACGAGUUCUGGGAUUACGAACACCAGGUGGAUUUGGAGGCUUUCAGCAGCAACACCUUCUAUAGCCUCCUGCUCAAACAAAACCUGUCUGUCACUACAAGGCUGGGGAAGCUCACAACUGAGGUAAAGGAGAUGUAUCAGGGAGUCCUUGGGAAAUUACAGCUGCUCCACCCACCAGGCAUGAUUGCUGAGGAGAGGGCGGGGGAAGCGUACGAGAGGAUGAGGAAAGAGAUGGAGAAGGAAGUGGGGCGACGGAGGUCUUUGGCCUCCCAGCUACGAACUUUGCUUGACAAUCAGAUGGAGGUUCUGAGGCGAGAGCAGCAGGCCAAGCAGCGGGUCUACGGUAUGUUUUCAAGUUGGCUCCGGGAGUGCACCAGACUGCUGUCCAAGCUUUCCAAUGGAAACCGGUCCUCCUGUGACCUACAACAGCAAAUUUGGACCCAAAAGCUGACGACCCUCGUUGAUGAAAUGGGAGAGCUGGUGGCGACAGAGUGCCACCGUCAGGGAGCGUGGGGGCUUCUGGGUGAAGGCACAGGGGCCAAGCUGCUCUGCCCUGACACGGGAGCCGUGCUGACCAAAGAGGACUUCUUUGGUCCUGACGGGUCUCUGCGUGUCCCUGCGGCGGUCCACUGCGAUCCAGUCACCGGGCUGAUAAGGCCAAACGCUCACAGCCACAUGUUGCUGAGCAGCGGCCACACCAUGGCAGUGCCGCCUGAUUAUUUCCUUCACCCACAGACCGGCAGAGUUUUACCCAUCGUUGGCAACGUGUCCUAUGAUCCUGUCAGUUCUACAUUAGUGCCCGCCACUGACCUUUGCACAGGUGACACGAGAAAGUGGGAUAGUCCCCUCCUUCCCUUCCUCCCUUAUCCCACUUCCUGCCACUCAGAGCAGCCCCAGCCUGGCAUUCGUCUCAAAGGCCUAAAACCAGGACAGAGGCUGCAGCUGGGGAUGCCUAUGGCAGAUCCAGACACAGGCGUCCCAGUUCCCACCCUGGCAGUAACUAUUCACCCACAGACUGGACUCGUUUACCCACUAGGAGGAUUACAUAUCUGCCCACUCUCCCGCCUGCUGCAGCCAAUACAAAUUGGGUAUCCCAUGCUGGACUCCAGGACUGGGAACAUUGUGCUCACUGUUGGAGUCAGUUUAGAUCGGGUAACAGGAGAUGUACAGCCAGUAGGUGGCGCACUGCUGGGCGAGGUCUUCACCGAACCUCUAAGUGGGCGAAUGGUGAGGGUCGGAGGAGCCACCAUGAGGGCCGGACAGCUGGCGCCUCAUGCCGGAGGAUACCAAACUGUACUGGACAGCAAGGUUCUGUCUGAGAUGCAUAAAACACUGGACCUCCUGAAGCCGCUAACUGAUGAAUGGGGUUCAGAUCCAACUCUGCAAACUAUGCAGAGCCAUCCAGGCAACGAGAACAUGACCGGCCGACUGGAUGAUCUUCUGACGGCGAGCAAGGAGCUGGAGCAGGCCUGGGGGAGGAGUCUGCACUGUGGGCUGCAGGUGUGGACCAGGUUUGAGAUGCUGCUUGACUGGGCUCUGGGUCUCCAGGAGGAUGGUGGGAUACUGGGUGAAAUGCCUCUGCCGGAUUCAGAUGUGAGUCUGCCAGCUCUCUUGGGUAAGGAGUAUCCUGACCCUAUGGGAUCUGGUCUAAGCGUUCCUGUGCUCGGGUCCCAGAGGGAUCCUGUCUCUGGGAAUGCAAUACCUUUGGCUGGAACCAUGGAAGACCCAAAAGGAAAAGGCCUGGUGGCGAUCCGUUACGGAGCUCAGGCUGUGGAUCCAGUGACCGGGCUGCUGGCCCCAGUAGUUGGAGCGAGGCUGGAUCUGUCCAGGAAAAACAUUGUGCCUGUGACAUCUUCAUUCUGGUUGAUGAUGGCAGAGCAAACUGAUGGUGUACAGGUGGAGGCGCUGCAGAGAGAGAUGUGUGUGAGAAACACCUUCUGGCAGCAGCAGAGGCAGCGUGAGGAAGACGUCCUCGCUGAUCUGGACUCGGCUUUAUUACAGCAUCUCCACAGAGUCACAGAUGUGGAUUCCCAUCAGGUCCAGUGGUCAGCGAAGCAGCUGAAGGAGGCGGCCAUCGAGAUGCAGGAUGCUGCACUAACGGAGGUCCAGAGGAAAGCAGCCCAGCGCUCAUCCUUGGCUCUAGUCUUGCCCCCACAUGUCUUAGACAUCCUUACGUGCGGCGAUGAAGAGGAAUGGGACCAGCAGUGUGCAUGGCACUCAACGCUCACGUCUGGCCUCGAUAAGCUGGAUGUCUGCAUGGAUCAGCUGCAACAAGACAAUGAGAAACGAACGUCCCAGUCAGGGGAGUGGUCUACAAACCUCCAUGUGAUGGAUAGAGAGCUGAGAUACAGAGAAAUGUGGGAGCAGUGCCUUUCCACGCAGACAGAGGUGGAUUCUGCUCUCACCUUGCUCCAUUUUGUCAGACAUCUUUCUCAGCUGCGCGCUAACACUGCCCAGGCAGUACUUUGUGGACACUUUUGGUUCAAGAACUACGGCCUGGUCCAGUGCAGUGAGUAUAAGCCAAACAUUACAAUGACGGCUCUGCUCCAACAAAGGGCUGUACCUCUGCUUGAAAGACUGAAUCUGAUCCUGGAAGAAAAAACGCCAAGGAGCCUGUCUUCCAACAUCUGCAAGCAGCACAUCUCUGAAAACUCAACGCAGUCACUGAGAGAAUCUGCAGAUGCUGCCCAGUCCCAGGAUGCUAUUCUUCAGGCACGACAACAGACUUCAUCCUCUGGUGUCCCCUCGCAGGAGGAGCAAUGGAAAAGGCUGGUGGAGGUCUCUCCUCUAUUCCAGCUGUUAAGGGAGCUCGAGCUACGGUUGAAGGCCUGGGCUGGGAAGGCUGGUUUUCUAGGCCAAGAGCUAAAUGACAAAGGAAACAGUUUUGUGGAUGUCCUGGAUGCUCAGUGGGAAUGUGAGGGAGAACUGAUCCCUUUGGACCCAUCAGUCCUCAAUCCCAGAGAGUUCCUGGUCUACCAGCAUGGACUAUUCCUUAUUGACAAACUGCAUAAUCUAAAACUGACUCCAGCUGUUUCACUUCAGAUUGCAGCAAGCCUGCCAAAGAACAACUAUGUCAACAAUGCCUUCAGGAACUCCUUCUUUUAUCAGGAGGCAGAGGAAACGCUCUUUGUCCGCCGACAGAGGCUUCAGUGUGUCGGCGGUUUCUCUCUCAUGCUGCUUCACUGUCUCUCACACAUCAAAACUAAGGACAUGAGCUCCGACUUUAAUCCAGCCUUCCAAAGACUUUUCUUCAAGAAUCUACAAGACUGUCUGCAAGAUUUCUUUCAGGUCAGAUUAAGCAUCCCUUCUGGACAGGAGUCAAGUUUGUGGGUUGGGUUUCAGGAGCAGGGUGACCUAAAGGAGGUAUUGUCGGACCCCCAUGCCGUCUCACUGCUUCAUAGACUUCAUAAACCAAGCAGAGGAUUGCUGUCUGAAGAUGAGGUAGAGAAAAUGCAGAUGAAACACAGAGAAGAAUCUCUGUUAUCACAUCUUGAGGGACUUCUGAGGGAGAGGAGCUCAGAGGCCAAAAAGGGACUGGAGGACCAGACUGGUUGAACCAACAUCCUUAACGAUUUCAUGUUAGUAUAAAGCGGUUAUGGUAAGAAGUAAUAAUCAUGCAAGUAAUAAUAAAUUGACGAGUUCAGCUAGAAAUCAUACAGAACAAAUAAAAGGUACUGACUUUGUCACCAUCAGAUGCGGCUAAAACGUAGCCUAUGAAGUGUGUCAAUAUGAUUCCAUAUUUUUUAAGCAACACUUUUCACACAUUAAAUAAAACUGACAUCAACAAGAACCUGGUAAUACCAGAUUUGCUGCAUUUAAAUGUCUUAGGUAGCUUUGGUAUCCUUUUCCUGAUUGGUAUUUCAUAGCAGCAGUUUACUCAAUAAUCACAUUUUAUAGUCUGGUAUUUAGUUAGUUACUACAAAUAUGCAACAGAAAGUCAACAUAGUUUAAUAUCUGUUGUAAGCGAACAGAAAUAUAUUUUAAAUUUAACCCCUGCGUUGAUGUUUAUCAGUUAUGAUAAUAGACACACAUUUUUAAAAAAAAAAAUCAUAAUUUGGGUCUUAAAAUGUAUGUAAUCCUUGCUGUUAGGAAAUUUCAAAUGGACUGUAAGAGAGACAAUAUAUUCCUGGUUUGUUUUUUGAUUCAUUUAGUUUUAUGAUAUUCAGCUCAGGAUUUUUAGUUUCUUUUUGUAACAUUAAACAUCCUUAUUGUUUGCUUCAUCUCUGCCUUUCUUCUGAAUUUGGGUCCUCCACAACCACCACCCCUUUCUGUAACAACUUAUGAGGAACAAAAAAAUCCUUGAUUUUCUUUGAGAAAGGCACUUGUAUACACAUGGAGACCUAAAGAAAAGCUCAUGGCAAGAUUUCUGAACGCAAAGGUAAUUUUCUCUCACAACAACUUUGCUCUACUUAAGCACUCUUAGCUGUGGUUAAAAACAGUAUUUUCACUCCUGUGGGAGGAGGUGUGAAUGAAACUCCAACGAGUUCCAGGAAAUAUGUUUUUAAAAACACAAAAUCAAUUUUUUGCGUGGAUUACCUAAAAAAUGCAAUUAGUAUUUUUACUUUUAUGUUAUAUGGCAAACUGCUAAAAGGUUGACAAGUUCAAGUCCAUUUGUUUGUUUUUGUUUUUUUUAAUUUAACAUUUAAUGUUUUAUCUAGACCUUUGAAUCCAGAACGGUAAUGACUUAAUCAGUAUUUAGCUUUGAAUAAGACAAGGGCUCGAUGGAAAGACAAAUACAACAGGUUGUUAUGGUUUGUACCUUUGAUGAGAAAAAGUUAAAUACAGUUAAAUAAGGAAUAACUGUAAUCCUUGGACCACUUAAUGAAUAAAGAAGAAUUCUUUCUACUCCCACACCUCAGCCAUUAUCACGAAAAACAUAUACAUUUAAA